GGACAGACCUGGGACUCAUCACUCACUCACUGACCAACAUGAACCCAACUGCUGCUGCUGUCUUACUUCUGGGGUUCACUAUCUUCUCUUUGGGCUCCUGGGCUCAGGACGAUCCCCCAGAUGAUGAUGAUGAUGGAAAUGAGUUUGUACACAGGCCCCGUGUGAAGCCAGGAGAGUGCCCUGCAGAUGUGGAUUCUCCCAUAUGUAAAGUCAAAUUAUUUCCAAAAUGUAGGUGGGACUUCCGCUGUCCUGAUAAGGCAAAAUGCUGUUUCUCCGGCUGCAGGAAAAGAUGUCGGCUCCCACUGGAAGACAAGAACAAUAUGUGCCCCUACUUUGAUGCCUCCAAGUGUCUCCUUAAAAGUUCCACCUUGGAUGAGUGCAGCAGUGAUCAACAGUGUCAGGGAUCUGAGAGGUGCUGCUGCUUCAACUGCCGCCGUGAGUGUACUCGCACCAUUACAGUGAAAACUGGCCAGUGCCCGGCUGUAACCACCAAGUGCCCAGCAGAGACCCCCCAGCCUGAGUGUAAGACAGACGACAACUGCAAGGGGAGCGCGAAAUGCUGUGAGUUCUGUGGGCGCAAAUGCCUGGAGCCAGAGAAAGAGCGACCAGGCUUCUGCCCCCUAAGUACAGAGAAUCUCUCGUGCGUCAUAUCUCCAGGGAAACCCCAAUGUCGGAGAGAUGACAAUUGCCCCAAGAACUGGAAGUGCUGCCUGUCUGAUAACAGAAUGCAGUGUGCGAGACCCUUCAAAGAGAAACCCGGGCAGUGCCCAGUGUCUGACACAAAAUGCGUCUCAGCUGCCCCCAAGUUCCCCUGCAACUCUGACCGUGACUGCCACGGGGGCAAGAAGUGCUGCAAACUGGCGUGUGGAAUGGUCUGCUCUGAUCCCGCCUCUAAUUUGCUCUAAUUGGCUGCAGUGGGGGCCCCCCUGCAAUAAGGAACAAGAGGACAUGCCCUCCUGCCAAUUAUUAUUAUUUUAUUAUUAUUAACAUGUAAUUAACAGAACCUUCCCUUCCUACUAAUUCUGGAUUUACUUCCUGGUUAUCAAUCUCUGGUGCCAGAAUGUGCUCCCCCAUGUUAUCAGUCUAGAGACUUUCAAUAGACAGUUUCCCAGUCUUGGGGUACAUUGCUGUAUGAACCCUACUGUGACCAAUAAAGGAGUUCAUGAAGCACCGGCCAGCGAGGUGCAGUAUCUGAUUGGCCCCACUGUACAUUGGGGAGGACACAACUCCACCAUCACAAAUCUCAAUUUUAAUAUCUCAAUAAAAGCACAACAUGUAGAGUAAGUGUAACGGGAAAGUAAUAAACUGGAUCAAUACAA